AUGCCCCGCCAGCACGCGGGCGGAGAGGAGGGCGGCGCCGCCGGGCUCUGGGUGAGGAGCGGUGCGGCGGCGGCGGCGGGCUGGGGGCGCGCGGGCUGCGGCAUGAAGGAUGUGGAGUCGGGCCGGGCCAGGGCGCUGCUGAACUCGGCCGCCGCCGGGGGCGACGGGCUGCUGCUGCUGGGCACCCGCGCGGCCGCGCUGGGCGGCGGCGGCGGCCUGCGGGAGAGCCGGCGGGGCAAGCAGGGCGCCCGGAUGAGCCUGCUGGGGAAGCCGCUCUCCUACAGCAGCGGCCAGAGCUGCCGGCGUAACGUCAAGUACCGGCGGCUGCAGAACUACCUGUACAACGUGCUGGAGAGACCCCGCGGCUGGGCGUUCGUCUACCACGCUUUCGUUUUUCUCCUUGUCUUUGGUUGCUUGAUUUUGUCAGUGUUUUCCACCAUCCCCGAGCACACAAAAUUGGCCUCAAGUUGCCUCUUGAUUCUGGAGUUUGUGAUGAUCGUCGUCUUUGGUUUGGAGUUCAUCAUUCGAAUCUGGUCUGCAGGCUGCUGUUGCCGGUACAGAGGAUGGCAAGGAAGACUCAGAUUUGCCCGGAAGCCCUUCUGUGUUAUAGAUACCAUCGUUCUCAUCGCCUCCAUAGCAGUAGUUUCUGCCAAAACUCAGGGUAACAUCUUCGCCACGUCGGCGCUGCGCAGCCUGCGCUUCCUGCAGAUCCUGCGCAUGGUGCGCAUGGACAGGCGCGGCGGCACCUGGAAGCUGCUGGGCUCCGUGGUCUACGCGCACAGCAAGGAAUUAAUCACAGCUUGGUACAUAGGAUUUUUGGUUCUGAUUUUUUCGUCUUUCCUUGUCUAUCUGGUGGAAAAGGACGCCAAUAAGGAAUUUUCUACAUACGCGGAUGCACUCUGGUGGGGCACGAUAACAUUGACCACAAUCGGCUAUGGAGACAAAACCCCCCUGACCUGGCUGGGAAGGCUGCUCUCUGCAGGCUUUGCACUCCUGGGCAUUUCUUUCUUUGCACUUCCUGCUGGCAUUCUUGGCUCAGGUUUUGCAUUAAAAGUACAAGAACAGCACCGCCAGAAGCACUUUGAGAAAAGAAGGAACCCAGCUGCCAGCCUCAUCCAGUGCGUUUGGCGUAGUUAUGCAGCCGACGAGAAAUCUGUCUCCGUUGCAACCUGGAAGCCGCACCUGAAGGCCUUGCACACCUGCAGCCCCACCAAGAAAGAACAAGGGGAAGCAUCAAGCAGUAAGGUCUGUAGUCAUAAGCAGAAGCUCUUCAGAAUACACACCUCAUGGAAGCAGAGCCAGAAGCUCAGCUUCAAGGAGCGUGUACGCAUGGCGAGCCCGCGGGGCCAGAGCGUCAAGAGCAGGCAGGCCUCGCUGGGCGACAGGCGGUCCCCCAGCACGGACAUCACCGCCGAGGGCAGCCCCACCAAAGUGCAGAAGAGCUGGAGCUUCAACGACCGCACCCGCUUCCGGCCCUCUCUGCGGCUCAAGAGCUCCCAGCCCAAGCCGGUGGCAGAUGCUGACACGGCGCUUGGCACCGACGACGUGUAUGAUGACAAAGGAUGCCAGUGUGACGUGUCCGUGGAGGACCUCACCCCACCGCUGAAAACUGUCAUUCGGGCGAUCAGAAUUAUGAAGUUUCACGUUGCAAAACGGAAGUUUAAGGAAACAUUACGCCCGUAUGACGUAAAAGACGUCAUCGAACAGUAUUCUGCUGGUCACCUGGACAUGCUGUGCAGAAUUAAAAGCCUGCAAACACGUGUGGAUCAAAUUCUUGGAAAAGGGCAAAUCACAUCAGAUAAGAAGAGCAGAGAGAAAAUAACCGCAGAACACGAGACCACAGAUGACCUCAGCAUGCUCGGCCGAGUGGUCAAGGUUGAAAAACAGGUCCAGUCCAUCGAGGCCAAGCUGGACUGCCUGCUGGAUAUCUACCAGCAGGCCCUGCGGAAAGGCUCCGCGUCGACCCUCGCGCUGGCCCCCUUGCAGAUCCCGCCUUUCGGCUGUGACCAGGCCUCGGACUAUCAGAGCCCGGCCGACGGCAGAGACCUGCUGGGCCCGGCCCCGCCCGGCGGCCGCCUGCCCCGCUCAGCCAGCGCGGGCCUGGCUCGGGGCCUGCAGCUCAUCCUCGCGCCCGGCGAGCUGGGCGCGCAGACCUUGUUCGCGCUGAGCCCCGCGGCGACCCAGGGACCCGGGAGCCCAGGGGACGGCCCGGCGGCGGCGGCGGCGGCGGCGGCGGGUGGGGGGGGCGCGGCCCGGCCGGCGGCUCCCGCCACCCUGCAGAUCCCGGCCCCGCUGGCCGCCCUGGGGGCCCUGGCCCCCGGCCCCGCGGGCCCGCACGAAGGCCUCCGCGACGUCUCCACCCGCCUCGAGGCCGCCAAGGACCGCGUCGCGGCCAAGGAGCGCGCGCUGCGCCAGAGCCUCGACCUGGACGGCGCGGCCCUGCUGUCCGUCCGGCCCGCGGCGGCCCAGGACCGGGGCCGGUCAGCGUCGGUGCAGAACCUGAUCCGGUCCGCGGAGGACCUGGACGCUCCGCUGUCGGGGAGCGAGUCCAGCGGCUCCAGGGGCAGCCAAGAUUUUUACCCCAAAUGGAGAGAAUCCAAAUUGUUUAUAACUGAUGAAGAGGCGGGUCCGGAGGAGACCGGGUCAGACGCCUUGGACGCGGGGCCGCCGGCCCGGGAACCCGCCCUGGCGUCGGACUCCCUCAGGACUGGACGAUCCCGAUCAUCUCGGAGCGCGGGCCCGGUGGCGGGAGCCGCGGAGGCCCUCGGCCGGGCCCACGCCAGGCUGAAAUGAGGCCCUCGUUCGCUUCCCUUGCCCCGCAGCCUCUCAGCCAUACGUGUCGCUGCAUGAACUCUUCGGGAAGCCCUUCUCAAAAAUUGAAUGCCCAAGAAUCAGGAAGAGCAGGAAAGGCAGUUUCCAAGCCCGUUACCUUUUAAUUGCAUGACAAUGCAUGUUCGGGGGAUGGCUGAACUUCCCAGGUAGGACAACAUUACCCCUCAUUCAGGAAGGUACCUCGAGUUAAAACUCCUGAGAAAUCAACACUGCUGGUGCUGUGGUAUGUGUGAAAAUGUCAAGGUCAGGUCGUUUAUAAGACUGGACUCUGUCUUUUGAAAUGAUGGGAGUAAGCGCCUUCAAAUUUCAGGCAUUUCUGCUUUGUGGUAAAACACAGAAUACGGUUUCAGAAUUAGGCCAUGACGUACGUACACGUAAACAUAGUAUCAGCUGCUAAUAGGGUGUCCAGUAAAGCAGAAUUGGGGAAUCACAGAAACGGCUGCCUGUUCAAGACAUACUUGCCAACCCGUUCCUAUUCAGGCAUUUUAUUAUUAAUGUAAUUUGAAUGUCAAUUCGUGCGCUUUUGGUGACUUAACGCUGUGGCCAGCAACUUUGCACGUCAUUGUCAUGUUCUUUAUGACGAGAAUGUUCUGCGGUUAGAAAAUGUGCAAACAGUGAAAUUCAGGGCCAGUGGGGCAAAUAGGCUGACUCUCUGACACAUCUGACUUCAGUGGAAACGUAUUCCCUGACGGCUCCCUCCAUCGGCUGCUACGCAAGCAAACCAAGUCCUGAGCCGCGGACAGCCGGCCGGCAGGGCUGAUCUGUGUGCCCUGCAGCGCCCUCCACUAAAGGCAAGUGCGAGAGGCUCUUCGCGCGGCUGAUAUACACACAGGAUCCUGGGAGCAGACGUGUGAGUGAAACGGGGAUGGAAAAGGCUCGAAAAGCAUCCAGACACGACACCGGGAAACAAGUGAAGCUCAAGAAAAUGACUUCCCCCUCCAGGGCCAUGAGAGGGAGGGAAAUAAACCAAAAGAAAAGAACUUGAUUUUUUAGAAAACGAAUAUUGCUAGGGAACUCAACUACCUAAACAUCCCUUAUUUCUUAUAUAUAAGCAGAGAAUUUUGAAAGGCAUUUAUUUUUUAAUAUGCCCUGAAUGUUUUUUGCUAUUAGGUAGUACAUUUUGCAUAUGGAAGGCCAAAACAAAACGUCCUUUACUUUUUAUACUGUAGUGCACAUUUUAUAUUCUUCACAAGAAUGUUGCCCCCAGUCUGAAAUUACUGGUUCAGUUUCCUGGUACAAACAUUUUUAUGGUUCAAAGUCAGGUAACACUGGCGGGGUCUGCGAAUCAAAACACUUAAUAAUAUAGCAUGGCAGCAAAAAGACCAAGGGACACCAAAGGUGAAAUGUAUGUACUAGAAAGGAAGCAAAGUUGAGCGCUUGUUAGAAACCAGCCUCGCUAGCCCAGACCGUCGGAACUUCAACCAAGGUAACGGCACCCACAGGGCCAGAAGUGAGAGAACACUGGUUAAACUCUCACCACAGAAGGACUUAAAAAGGAAGUUUUUUCCUUGGCGGUAGUGCUGCCUCCGGCAAAACUUUCCCAGCGGCCAGGAGGACCAAGCAGGGCUGUCGCCGGCCACCCAGAGGCCAGAAGAUGCCCUGACACCCGCCAAGUCCCUCCCAACUCUCUCCCCAGCUGGGUUUCUCCACCCCAGACUCCCCCCCCCUUUUCUUCUCCACAGGCUUAUGGACUCCCUGCCACAAGUUCCCUUCUGGACUUCACCAGCCGACAUCCCCAAGUAAACCGCUUCUCCACUCACCAAAAUGCGCUUCUCAGCCUUUUAAGAUCCUGUCCUUUUUGAUAAACACUGAAAUUUGGCAAGAUUCCUCUUCUCGCCCCACCGGGAUCCUCGCACACUCCCCGGAGUGUGUCAUUCAGAGUGUGCUUGGGUGCUGGAGAUAAGCAGAAGAGAGUCUAAAUUUUACACUCCAGUUAAGAAGAGGUUCUCAAGCUUUCGAGGCCAUUAUUUUCAUUUUCAAAACACAUUAGUAAAGUAUUAAAUGCAAUGUUUCAUCUACCCAUGUCUCC